AUGGUAGUGACUCACAGGGACCUAUGGUACAGUGACUCACAGGACCUAUGGUACAGCGACUCACAAGAACCUAUGGUACAGCGACUACCAGACGCACAGGGACCUAUGUUGACUCACAGGGACCUAUGGUGGUACAGCGGCUCACAGGGACCUAUGGUACAGGGACCAUGGACAGCGACUCCAGGGACCUAUGGGCUAACAGCAGACGUCACAGGGACCUAUGGCUACAGGCGGCUCACAGGACUAUGGACAGUGACUCACAGGGACCUACGGGACCUUGGUACAGCGACUCUCACAGGGACCUAUGGUAGUGACUCACAGGGACCUAUGGUACAGUGA